AUGCUUGGGAUUCCCGAUGUCAAAGAUGUUCGUUCAACCGCAAUGUUUAGCUUUGGUUAUAUUAACAUUAUCUUCAAAGAUGAUGUUGAUUUCUAUUGGGCCCGCACACGGGUACUGGAACGGAUGAAUCUUGCGCAAAAAGAGAUGCCAGAGGGUGUUGUACCGAUCCUCGGUCCCGAUGCAACCGGUGUCGGGCAAGUAUUCUGGUAUACCGUUGAAAAUGGGUACUAUUGCCCUAACCAUCCGACAGAACGCUAUGCGGAGCCUGGUAAAUGUCCGGAAGAUGGAGAAACACUGAUUGCCUCUAAUUUAGAGCUUCAUGAACUUCGGACGCUUCAAGACUGGACGGUUCGUUACUAUCUUGCCUCUGCUGAUGGUGUCUCCGAGGUUGCCUCAGUCGGUGGAUAUGUUAAACAGUAUCAGAUUGACAUCGAUCCGAAUACUUUAUUAGCCUAUAAUGUGCCAUUGUCCGCUGUUUACAACGCUAUCCGUGGGAGCAACCUUGAUGUUGGGGCAAAGGUUAUUGAGGAAGGCGGAAUGGAAUUCCUGAUUCGGGGUUUAGGUUUUAUCAAAAGCAUUGAGGACAUAGAAAACAUCGUUGUCAAAGCACAUAACGGGGUGCCUAUCUACGUCAAAAAUCUUGGAACAGUCAGCGAAGGUCCCUGA